AUGGAAAGCCACUGGGACUGCUCAUUCUCUCCAGAAGGCACCAGGCCUGGGGAUGAGAAUGUGUUGUCUGAUGCCAGAUGUACUAAUGACCCAGUAUGGAAUACACUGCAGGACCUGUCUCUCUGGUGCCGCAACAGGGACCUGAAGGUGGACAUGUGCAGCACCACUGAAGAGAUGCCCAGGGAACUGAAGGGAACUUUAGAGCCAGGGAAGCUCCUUCUUCAGGGUUUCUGCAGAACUCGCAGCCCACAAACUCCUGCUCGCCUUUUCCAUAUGAUGCUCUCAGCUACCAUUACUACAGUAAACGCUGAUCACUAUACUUACUGGGCUUAUAUCCCUCAUCCACCUCUCAAUCAGGACGUAAAUUGGUAUGACUCCCCUGUGCCAGUAUAUACAAAUGACACUGAAUGGACACCUGGACCAUUUGAGAGCAGAGGACCCCCUAGGCCAGAUGAAGAAGCUGUGAUUUCUCCGCAAAUAUCCUCAGAAAGAAGUCUAGAGCAUGAGGUGAAAGAAGAGAUGGCCAGUUCUCAGGGACUGUUGACCUUCAGGGAUGUGGCCAUAGAAUUCUCUCAGGAAGAGUGGGGAUUCCUGAACCACAGUCAGUGGGCACUGUACAGGGAUGUGAUGUUAGAGACCUAUGGACACCUCCUCUUCUUGGGUUACAUUUGUAAGGAAUGUGGCAAAGCCUUUAAGUGGCACUCAACAAUAAUUCAACAUCAACAAAUGCAUACUGGAGAGAAACCUUACAAAUGUAAAGAAUGUGGUAAAACCUUUAAGUAUGGCUCAUCACUAAAUGGACAUAAGGGAAUCCAUACUGGGGAGAAGCUCUACUAAUGUAAAGACCAUGGCAAGGUCUUUAACAACCGCUCAAGACUUACUCAACAUCAUAGAAUUCAUCCUAAAGACAAACCUUACAAAUGUGAAUAAUGUGGCAAGGUCUUUAAGAGCCACUCAAUCCUUACUCAACAUCACAGAAUUCAUACUGGAGAGAAACCUUACCAAUGUGAAGAAUGUGGCAAGGCAUUCAUCCAGCAUUCAACCCUAAUGAAACAUCACAGAAUUCAUACUAGAGAGAAACCUUACAAAUGUGAAGAAUGUGUCAAGGCCUUUAACCAACAGUCAUAUCUUACUCAACAUCACAGGAUUCAUAGCGGAGAGAAACCUUACCAAUGUAAUGAAUGUGGCAAGGCCUUUACCUGGCACUCAAUUCUUACUCAACAUCACAGAAUUCAUACUAGAGAGAAACCUUACAAAUAUAAGGACUGUUGCAAGGACUUUAAGAAGCAAUCACACCUUAUUCAACCUAACAGAAUUCACACUCGAGAGAAGGUUUACCAAUGUGAAGAAUGUGACAAGAUCUGUAAUCACUGUUCAUCCUUUACUCAUUAUCACAGAUUCUGUACUGGAGCAAACCUUACAAAGUUAAAGAAAGCAAGAAAACUUUUAAGGACCAUUCAUCCCUUACUUCACAUUGGAAGAUUUAUACUGGAGAAUAAUCAUAGAAUUCUAAAGAAUGUAGCAAGGCCUUUAAGCAAUGCUAAACUCUGA